GAGGCGCGUGACGGCGAGCGCCAGCCAUGCAGCCCUCGGGCGCCUUGUGGUGGCACGGCCUGGCUUUCGCCUGGUUCGCCUACGUCGCCGCCACCGCCUCCCGCAUCGGCAAGAACGACGGCGCGCCUCCGGAACUCGAUGCCCAUGGCGGGCCCUGGAAGUUCCUCACCUUUCUCAACCUGGUUUUGCAGGCUACUUUGUUUGGUGUCUCCUUGCUGGGUGAUGUGUUUGUGUUAAUGAAGAAACGGAGAAUUGCAAAGUUCGUGCUUCCCUUCAGAGACUUGCUCUUCGGAUCCCUGGGUUUUCCUGCGUCUGUGUUUGUGUUCACAUUCUUUUGGAUGUUAUACUUUUAUGACCGGCAGCUGGUUUAUCCCAAGUACCUUGACGCAGUCAUCCCUGUGUGGCUGAAUCAUGCUAUGCACUCUUCAAUAUUUCCAUUUGCCUUGAUAGAACUCUGCUUUAUUCCUCAUCGUUAUCCAUCGAAGGAGAAAAGACUGGGUUUGUUAGGAAUUGGCUGCUUGGCCUAUAUCUCUUGGAUUCUGCACAUUUACCAGAUAUCUGGGAAGUGGGUUUAUCCUGUCUUCCAUGCCCUGAACCAACUGGGCAUUGCAGCUUUUUUCCUUGGCGCCUUCGGAGUCCUCGUACUUUACAGUCACAUGGGAGCAUUUCUCUGCCGCAUGAUUUGGGGUGACACAGUAGUAAUAUUUGACACUUCCAAGAAGAAAAGCAAAUGAGACUUCCACGGAUGCCAGAACGAGCCCUGCUGAUAUCCUGGAACUAGAGACGGAGAACAAGAAGACAUCUCUGCGUGAAACCUAUCCCCAAACCCUGCUUAACAGUCAAGUUUCUUCACAAGAUUCCGGAUAGAUACAACACCAGAUGCUGGAAAACACCUUGAUGCAUGGAUUGCCUAUAGUUGUGUGGCUGGGGCAGAAACUGUUUUGGUGGGGCAGCUGGGCAGAAUUCAGGAGGGAUGUCACAGGAUGUGGCCUGUGACUCCAAGGGAGGUAUUCCUCUGCUUCAAGAGGAGUCUUCUGCUGCUAUAAAAAACUCACUCAA